AUGUACCAUAAACGUAGUAAAAUUAAAAAGGGUUGGCUCUUAGACGAUAUAGCGGUGUCAACGACAGGAUUACCUGUCAUUACACCCUCUGCUCAGCCCUCUGCUACAGCAACAUCGACAGAUUCUAAUAAUACACCAGUAAUUUUAAUCGCGGCCACUGUAACGAUUAUUCUUGUAGUAAUUCUUGCAAUCGGAUUUUAUGUUUACUAUCGCCGAUUAAGAAAGAUGAGAAAAUUUGAAAAAUCAAGCUCUAUGACUGAAGAGGAUGAUAAAAUGAAUAAAAGGGCUGAAAUAUUGCAGAAACUUCAUAACUCUGAAUACGUUACGAAACAUGACGUUUUAGAACAUUAUAUUGAUCCACAAUUUCCACCAAAUCGGGAAGGGUUAGAUAGCAUUUUAUUGGAAUUUUCAUCACUGGCCGGCGGAAUGAAACCUCCACCAACCGCUGCUUUACCACCAAUUCCAACGAACGCUCAAUCACCCACUACUUUACUACCAAUUCCAACGAACGCUCAAUCACCCGCUGCUUUACUACCAAUUCCAACGAACUCUCAAUCACCCACCAAUCGCAGAAGAACAUUUGGUGAUAAACGUCCUACACCACCACCUGUACUCACUGGACUAAAAACAGCACAUGUCAGAAAUAAUAGGACUAUUUCCCAAGAUCUUCAGAAUUCCAACAUUACGAAUUCCACACAAGAUCAUCUAAUAACGACGAUAAUACAACCUACACCUGUAUAUUACUCAGAAUUGACGCAAUCAAAAUUACUGAGAAGAUCAAUAUUUACUUCAAAUGUACAAAUAUCGUCAUCUAAUUCGACAUCAACUUCUAAUACACUUAGUUCAAGUACUGAAACAUCAAUAUCAUUAUUUGGUUGGGAAGAUAACAUAGAUAGAAUGAGUGAUUCAGAUAAUAAUACUAUAACAUCAAAAUGGGUUGAUAUUGUUGAUUCACCAACUUUACCACAACAUCCAUCAGUUUUAUCAGUAGUUACUAAAAAAUCAUCAGGAUAUUUAGUACCACAAAGUUGGGCAAAAGCUCCAUGGAAUGAUGAAGCUUCAAAUGUUCAAAGUGAAACAGAUCAACCUAUUUCUUUAGUAGAUAAAGAAAAUAAUUUGAACAGUUUGUUUACCGAUUUGGAACGUAUUUUAUCUGAAUGA